AUGCUUUUUUUUACCUUUGGCCUCAAUAACCAACCGGCUGUUGGCCCUUGGAGUCUAUCAAAAACCAUGAUCCCCUCCUCCCGUGCUGCAGAGGGGGUGUGUCAAGCCAACGCACACGAGAACAAGCAAUGGGACCGUUACACGAUGCAAGAGCUUGCUGCAGGUGUCUCAAGCGACCCAGAAACUGGCCUGUACGAUUUCUAUAUUUACUCGCUUCGAGAGUCCGGUGACGAGCGAUAA